AACGCGCUCGGACGAGACGCAAGGUCAACGUUGAUCGCCACCGUCAGCCAACAGCCGGUCCCGCAUGGCAAAUGGGAGCAUGGCAAAAACAAAAAAAAAACCAAUGCGGGGCCUCGAGGGCUAGCAGGGAUUCCCCAUCUUUUCUCCCCUAUUCUCAGUUUUCCUAUUUCUAUUUCUUGUCAGCUUUCCCCCUGAUUCCGCUUUUCUCACUUUCUUGGUGAUACAGAGCUUGAGAGAGGUCUAACCGAGCCACACCCGAGUCACAAUGUCCUUCCAACUGCACAGUGCCCCGCCCUUCCGGGCCGAACACAUGGGUUCCCUGCUCCGGCCCCAGAACCUGCUGGAGGUGCGCGAGAAGAUCCGCGAGACGGGCGUGUCCGAGGAGGAGGCGGGCUUGCACGCGGUCGAGAAGCAGACGGUCGGCGACGUGGUCCAGCUGCAGCGGGACUUGGGCUACCAGGCUGUCACCUCGGGCGAGUUCAACCGGACGCGGUUCUGGGGGCAGAUGUGGGAUGAGUUUGAGGGAACCGUCCGUCUGCAGGACGCCGAGGCCUCGAUGUUCCGGCUGUACCACCCGGACGUGGUCAGCCUGAUCGAGAAGGACCGCAAGGUGAUGCCGGGCGACUCGGUGAUCGCGGGGUCCAAGCUGUCGUGGAGCGCGGAGAAGUCCAGGUCCAACCUGCACGAGCUGCGGCUGGUGCAGCAGGCCCUGCCCGAGAGCGAGUGGGGCACCAUCAAGCUGACGAUGAUCACGCCGGCCUGGUUCCACAUGCGCUACAAGCAGGGCAAGGCCUACAGCCGGGAGGCGUACGCCACCGACGCCGAGUACUUCCGCGACGUGGCCAAGGUGUACCGGGCGGAGCUGGCGGCGCUGUACGCGGCGGGGCUGCGCAACGUGCAGUUCGACGACCCCGGGAUGGCGUACUUCUGCUCGACCGCGUUCCGCGAGGGCUGGGAAGCGGACGCGGACAACCUCGGCACCGUCGAGGACCUGCUGGACGCCUACAUCCAGCUGUACAACGACUGCCUCCGCGACCUGCCCGCCGACUUCCACACGGGCAUCCACCUGUGCCGCGGCAACUUCAUCGGCGGCCGCCACUUCGCUGAGGGCUCGUACGACAUCAUCGCCCAGAAGCUCUUCCAGGACCUCAACGUCCACACCUUCUACCUCGAGUACGACAACGAGCGCUCCGGCGGCUUCGAGCCCCUGCAGUUCCUGCCCCCCAACAAGAACGUCGUCGUCGGCAUCAUCAGCACCAAGCUCCGCGCCCUCGAGGACAAGGAGGCCAUGAAGGAGCGCGUCUACCGUGCCGCCGACUUCGUGAGUGCCGGCAGCGGCGAGUCCCGCGAGGAGGCGCUCAAGCGUAUCUGCGUCAGCCCGCAGUGUGGCUUCAGCACCCACGAGAGCGGCUACCCGCUGAGCCUCGAGGAUGAGAAGAAGAAGCUGGCCUUGGUUCGUGAGAUCGCGGACGAGAUCUGGGGCCAGCCUUAGGUGUGAUUCUGGCUUGAGCGGUAUGGCCACGGGGUGAGCAGGAGUUAAGGGAUAUUU